AUGUACCCCAACUACCAACACAAUUUCCCACGAAUCACCGAUACUGUCCAGAAUCCGGCGGCAGGGACAUCCGGAUCGCAAUACCAGCAAGCCUGGAAUAACCAGAUGCUUAAUAAUGGGCAGUACGACUUCAACGCGCCUACCUUCAAUCCUCCACCGUCAGAAAUCCCCUUCGAGCAAAUCGAUCAAGAUAAUAUCAAAGUAACUCUUCAUGAUGAAAAGCUGUGGAAUUCAUUCCAUGAAUUGGAUAAUGAGAUGGUCACUUUACCCACAGGACGAGUCAUUUUCCCAUGCCUCUCCUACGCCAUCUCCGGUCUCCCGCAACCAGCAACCUUUAUUUUCGGUUUGAAGCUCCGAAGACUGAACAAGAAUACACUGAAAUACAAAAGUGGCAAAUGGAAAGAAAUCGGGAAAAGUGUGAAGACAGAUUUGGAGAGUAAUGAGAUAUUCACAGCGUCAGAAGAUGGAAAAAUUGUUUUCAAAAACGCCAAGAUUCAUACAAUCAGAAAAAAAGAUAAUGCGAAAAGAAAGGAAGAUGAAAAAUCAACGAAGAGAAAGAGAAGAGCUCAGGUAGAUCUAAACAAGGAGAGCAGCAAUUCACUCCUCGUCACUAGCCAUUGUCGAUACAUCCCAGUACUCUCCGUAUACUACGUACAGUCCAAAUCCAAAAAACUUCUGAAGACAUUUGAGAUCGAUGAGACUCAGUUCGUUGCAUUGACAUCUUAUAAGAAUGAUGCAGUUAGAAAAAUGAAGACAAAUCUGAAUCCAUUUGCUAGACCAGAUUAUAAGAAGGAAAUUGCCAUGAAUUCGGACGAGUCAUUGGUGAAUUCUACAUUGGAUUCUGGUAUAUCGUCGAUGGAUAACACUAUGGGUUCUUCAGUUUACAGUGAAAUGUCACCAAUUGCUUCGAAACGGACAAAAUCUGAUGUCAACUUUUGUCAUCCAGAUAUUUCUCAAAACCAAUACCAAUUCAAUGGAUCGAUCUGGAAUUCAUCUAUGAAUUCAGGACCGUCUCACUUUCUGGCAAACCAGAAGUCAAACAAGAACAGUUUCACGAACUCUUCAUCAUCAGCUACUGGAAGUUCAUCUAUUCACACUGGUCGAGACGCUACUAUGAAACCACUACAAGAACACUCAUGGCAACCAACACAUCCCAAUGCCCCUGCUUCUCCAUGGACACCUAUCGCCCCAGGACAACCGAAUCAACCAUGGGUGAAUAACAGUUCAAGUCUAGAUUUUGGACAGAAUCACAAUUAUCAGUUUUGA